UGCGAAUGUGGGAAUGAGUAGACACGUGUCACUGCCUAUGCAACUAUGUCGCUAUAUAGGGGGAAGGGGGGCGUGUACGGGCUUGUGUGUGUCUGCGUGCGUUACCCUUCCUUCCCAGGGUAUGAACCGAUGCAGCACUGGCAAUUACCAGAAUGAAGAACAAGCGGUUUCCUUUCCAGCGUACAAAGCUUUGCAUAUUUCUGCCUUGAAGCAGAAUGGACUCUUGCAGUCUCUGUCAGCAACACCCAACGGAUGCAGAGAAGCAGAUAUUAGUGAGGAGGUUCUGCGAGCCCGAGAAGAAUGGGACAGUGUGGCAAACAUCCAUUCGGAAGGAAUUGUGGAGAGGCCUCCAGGGCCAGUACCCUUAAUCUCUUUCAAUGAAGCAUUGCAAUACUUCCAAACAGCAGAUCUCUCAGACUGCAGGAAAAAGAUUCAGCCAACGGUGCGAAGGAGAGGACUGGCUGCUGUUGCUCAUUUCCUUUUCGGCCCUCCCCGUCUCCACCAGCAGCUGCAAAGUGAGAGGGACUUAGCCUUGGCGAUAGCCCAGUGUGGCUUGGAUAACAAUGAGAAAGUGCACAUGAGGAUCCUGCAAACAAUUUACAAGAAACUAAUGGGGUCCCGUUUUGAUUGUGCCCGUUAUGGAGCCCAUUGGGAAGACCUGGGAUUUCAAGGGAUGGAUCCUGGCACAGACCUACGUGGGACUGGAAUGCUAGGAUUAAUGCAAACACUAUAUUUUGUAAUGGAUUCUCGGAUAUUACCCGUAGCUCGAGAGAUUUUCAAGUUAUCCCAUCACGAAACACAGAAUUUCCCUUUCUGUGUGAUGUCUGUCAAUAUUACUCGUAUUGUAAUCCAAGUGCUGAGGGAAGAACGCCUUUCCAGAGAAUGUAAUCGAAGGCAGCAGGUCAUUGCAGUGCUAAAUGAUUUCUACGUGGCUGUAUUUUUGCGCCUCUUCAACAUAUGGAAAGCACAACAGAAGACUAUUUCCGACUCUGGUUUUGUUCUAAAAGAACUGGAGGCAUUUGCUAAAAGAAACCCGAAGCAGCUGCUGAGACAUUUGGAGACUUACAUGAAUGGGAUUUCGGUUUCAGCAGGGGAAGACGGCUUUCAGGCCAACGCUUUCACCUCCGAGGUUCUUGGUUCGAACCUGAACUCUGCGAAAGCUGACAGUAAGGAGCUAAAUUUUACUGGAGUAGGUGACCUGCCGACGUUGGAGAAAGAGCAAGACAGCUGAUCCGGUCCCAGGGAAAUGGGGAAAGUCCUUGUACAUGAUAAGCUGACAAAGCCGGUUGAUAUGGUCUCUUAGUGGCUCUGUGGCCCGGCUGCAAAAAGGCUCACGGGGAGGGCUGAAGGUCUUGGAACGCUGCUAAGGUAGAAGUGCGGGGGCUUCAGUUUGGGCCAGAGGCGCUAAGCAAGGUAUAGCGAGAGCCCCAGGGGUGGAGUCUGGGAUCAAGAGCAAACUGCUUCAAUUCUAGAAUGAAGCAAUCUGGGCAGGAUCCAUUCAUCCCGGUUAGUAGCACUAAAGCUGUGAAGCUGACCUUUCUUUUGUUGUGGGAGUGUAUAUCUGAAUUUCCAAAUCCUCUCGCACACUGAAAAUAAAACGUUCUUCCGGUUCCCGAGGUUUGUUAGAGCUAAGAAACCUAUGUUUAUGCAUUGCUGAAUGCGAGCUAAUGUGAGCCUUGAGCUGCUGCAACCAGAGGCUAGUUGUGGGCCUACAAUUUCUUCAGUUAGGAUUUUUAUUCAUAUUAUUAUUACUGGGGAAACAUACAAGACACAAAGCUGUUGAAUCCUUUUUACUCCCGUCAACUGGGAAUUUCUCAGUUGAUGUGCGCCUGCUGUGACAUAUCAACCCACAGGAUGUGUAUGUGUGUGUGUGUGUCUUUUGUUUUUUAAAUGGGAUCGUCAACAGGAACCACUGAAUGUGUACUGAAAUUGUGAACACCCGACUUAUAUGCUAUUGAGGGUGGUCACAGACAACCAGCAACGACACAGUAGUUGUGUGAAAACGUACCAUAUGGCGGCUGCAACUGCAAGGUGAAGCAAUGUGUGGCCUUUAACUACCUGGAAAACCCAGUGGUUACUACACCUGUUUUCCUGGAUGGCUUGGGGGGGGGGGGGAAAUGGUAGCAGUGGUACUACUGGCUUACCAUAUAACUGGCUAACAUAUGAAUGACUCUUGUAAUGUGGUGGAAACGGCCACACUGAGCUUUUCAGCAGCUGCCAUGUGGUGCCCAGUGACUCAUUUUCACCCUGCGAUAAUCUUCGGACGUCCUGUCCGGCGUACCAGCUGUAUUGUAUGUAAAGUUGUAGCCCUGGCUGAUACUGGGCUUUUCCAUUAAACUUACUACAAUCUUCAACCCUAAA